AUGGAGUUGGCUUCCUGGGCAAUCAACGAGCCAGGCGUCAGCAACGCCGUGUCCCAGCAACUGUGGCAACUGCGCUGGGCGGCCACCCGGGACAAGAGCUGCAAGCUGCCCAUUCCGAAGGGUUCCAUGGGCUUCCCACUGGUGGGCGAGACCUUCCACUGGAUACUGCAGGGUUCGAAUUUCCAGUCUUCUCGGAGAGAGAAAUAUGGAAGCGUCUUCAAGACUCACUUGCUGGGCCGCCCCCUGAUUAGGGUGACAGGGGCUGAAAACGUCCGGAAGAUCCUCAUGGGGGAACACCACCUGGUCAGCGCCGAGUGGCCCCGCAGCACCCGGAUGUUACUGGGGCCCAACAGUCUCACCAACUCCAUCGGAGACAUCCACCGACACAAGAGGAAGGUGUUCUCGAAAAUCUUCAGCCAUGAAGCGUUGGAGACCUACCUCCCGAAAAUCCAGCUGGUCAUCCAAGACACAUUAAGGAUGUGGAGCAGCAGCCCCGAUCCUAUCAACGUCUACUUUGAGGCUCAGAAGCUGACCUUCCGCAUGGCCAUCAGGGUUCUGCUGGGCUUCAGGCUGUCUGACGAGGAACUGAACCUAUUGUUUCGGGUGUUUCAACAGUUUGUCGAAAAUGUCUUCUCGCUGCCAGUGGAUAUCCCUUUCAGUGGUUAUAGAAGGGGUAUCCAAGCACGCGAGACGCUGCUGAAGGGUUUGGAGAAAGCAAUCCAGGAGAAGCUGCAGAACACCCAGGGGAAGGACUACACGGAUGCCUUAGAUGUCCUUAUUGAGAGUGGCAAGGAGCACGGCAAUGAGCUGACCAUGCAGGAGCUGAAGGAUGCUACUCUGGAGCUGAUCUUCGCUGCCUAUGCCACCACCGCCAGUGCCAGCACAUCGCUUAUCAUGCAGCUGCUGAAGCACCCUGCUGUUUUAGAGAAACUGAAGGAAGAACUCCGAAGCAACGGGAUCCUGCACAACGGCUGUGUCUGUGAGGGGGCACUACGUGUGGACACCGUUACCACCCUGCCUUACCUGGACUGCGUCAUUAAAGAGCUGCUGCGGCUUUAUAGCCCUAUCUCUGGGGGCUACCGGACCGUUCUGCAGACCUUUGAUCUGGAUGGAUUGCAGAUCCCCAAAGGAUGGAGUGUCUUAUACAGCAUCCGGGACACUCAUGACACGGCUCCUGUCUUCAAGGAUGUUGAUGUCUUUGACCCAGACCGCUUUGGGCAAGACCGUACAGAAGACAAAGAUGGCAGGUUCCAUUAUUUGCCGUUUGGCGGUGGAGUGCGGAACUGUUUGGGCAAACAGCUGGCCAAGCUUUUCUUGAAGACCUUGGCCAUUGAGCUGGCCAGCAUGAGCAGGUUUGAGCUGGCCACCAGAACUUUCCCAAAAGUCAUGCCAGUGCCGGUGGUCCAUCCAGCUGAUGAACUAAAGGUCAGGUUUUAUGGACUAGAUUCGAACCAAAAUGAAAUUGUGACGGAAACAGAAGCCAUGCUUAGUGCAACAGUGUAGCCAUCGAGGCCUUCAAUAUCCUUCCCUAAAAAGAAACAAACAAACUGGGAAACAAGCACACAGUCAAAAAUCAAAGCUAGAUAGUAACAAGAAAGAAAAAUAUAUCCACGAACAAUACUAACUUAUGUAUACCGAGCCUUUUCAAACCGUGACUAUAUCUCUGUGGAAUGUUUAACUUAAAUAUAUUAACAUAUAUACAAAAAAAAGCUGAUCCAGGUCCUAUCUUCAUGAAUCCUGCUGCAGAAAAGGGAACCUGGAGAUCACUGUCUGGGCAAGGACUUCACUUAUGGACUUUUUGGAGAGCUAGUGGAUCUCCUUGUUGAGGGAUUCUUGGGUGGUCUCCCAAUGUUUACAAGACCUACCCCUGUUGUUGCAUUCUUGUCUGUACUCCAGAAGUUGUUUCAGUGUUACACAUAUCAGUGAUACCGGGGUUCUUACUCCUGUUUAUAUACCUGCCUUAUUUUGUUUUCUUUGAGGUGAAAAAAAAGAGCUUUCCAAGAAAAGCUUACAAUGACGGGUCAUUAUACUGAGUGUUCUUUCGCAUGUUAACAAUCACAGGGUUUACAUUAUAAUCAUAGAAGAAAGUCAACAUCUACAUUGGAUGACCCAACUAAAGCACUGGAAGCAGUGAUUG